AUGAUGCAGAGUGGAAGUGGCGGCGGCGGCGGUGGCGUCAGCGCUGGUGGUACGAUGCCUGAUAUGUUCAGUGGUAGCAGUGGCGGCGGCGGCUACGAGCAGCAGCAGCAGCAGCACGCGCCUCCGCCGGGCUCCCGACUGGCGCAGUAUCUGCAU